AAAAAAAAAAAGAAAAAAACAAAAAAUUUGUAUUAAUUGUGUUACAACGCCCAUUAUAAAACAAAAUAACUAUUACAAAUACGUCGCGCGAGCUGCAUCAGCAAAUGCCACUGGAAGGGCCGGGCUUUAGGAGUGGCGAGGCAGAACAUGAUUUGAAUAACCCACAACUAAACAGUUCUGACAACAAGUGUGCCAAAAUCAAAACGAAAAUAGUGAACGAAAAAUAGAACAACCGAUUGCAAAAACCCCAAAAGGAGAGGAGUGCUUCCCGUUUUUCCCCAUCCCGUCUGCUGUAGCUGCUGUUGUUUUUGGUUUUAUUUUAUUUUUGGAAGUUUGUGCAGCAGCAGCUCUGAAUGUCUUUAUGCUUUAAUCAUGGUGUAUUUUGCCACCAACAACAACAACACCAACACAAUACGCUGCUAUAUUAAAAUCUUUCUGAUUACGAACCAUGACAGAAGGACAUGAAAGCGAAUUCUUAGUUACAGUACGCGCACAGGUAAUGACCAGAGACGAGAGUACCGAGGGCUGGCUACCGCUGGCCGGGGGUGGUCUGGCCAAUGUUUCCAUACGGAAACGGGCUAGGCUAUCCCCACUGGCAUCGGGUCAUGACUACAUCAUCUAUGGGCAGAGGAUAUCCGAUCAAAGUGUCAUAUUGAGCUGUGUCAUCAAUCGUGAUCUAAAGUAUUACAAAGUAAUGCCAACAUUUCAUCAUUGGCGCGCCGGCAAGCAGCGCAACGGCCUCACAUUUCAAACGGCCGCCGAUGCGCGUGCCUUCGACAAGGGUGUGCUGCGCGCCUAUAAUGAACUAAUUGAUGGACUGGCCAAAUCGAAUCCCACAAUUAUAUGCCCACCAUUGACCAAAUAUGAUUCGGUUGGUGAAGAUGAUGUAUUCAUGACCCUGGACCUACCUGUGGAGAGCGAGAGUUUACAAAAGAUACAUUCAAGCCCCGAGGGCAGCGAGAAAAGUCACAAGAGCAAGGACAGCUACAGUAACAAUUCCGAUUCGGAGAAGCUGCCAGCGGCACCAAUCCACUACAUAUCCACGGACAAGACAUCAACAACAACAACGGCCCAGGAUGGACCACCGUCGUCUACUGCACCGGCACCGGGUGCCGCCCAGAUUGCGGCCAGCGAAAAUUACUCUUAUGUCACGCUGACCGCGGUCCACCACGACUAUAACUAUCCGGUGGUGGACCAGCCAGUGGGGGCACAGGUGCUCAAUGCACGCCGCGAGUCGAUCAGUGCACUGAAGAAGCGCAACGCACUGGAGGCGGCCCAGGCGAUGGCUGCUGCCCAAACGGCGGGCACGGCCGGUAGCGGGAAGGCGCUGCAGAAGCAAAACGUAUCGGACAUACUCAAGAAGGAGACGCGUCUGCGGUGUCGCUACUGUCACGAGCUGUACAGCGAGGAUUUCAACCGGCGAGGGGCCUGCGAAUACGCCCCGGACACCUUCCGCACCGGCUACGAGUGCAUCUCGGGCAUGGGGUGUGCCAGGUGCAUGAUCUACCACUGCAUGAGCGAUGCCGAGGGCGAGACGGCCCAGCAUCCGUGUGACUGUAGCGUGACCGAGGCCGGGUGUACCAAGCGCUGGCUGGGCCUGGCGGUGCUCUCUCUGUUCGUGCCCUGCCUCUGGUGUUAUCCGCCGCUGCGGGCCUGCCACUGGAUGGGCAUCCAGUGCGGCCUCUGUGGCGCCCCGCACAAACCGCAUGUCUGACAUUUGGAGGCCAGAUUGCAGGGACAGUACGAUGACGACCCCAGGCCCAGAAGCGAACUCCACAAGCACAAAAACCAGCAGCCGAACCACCAAAACCAAAGCAAAAACCAGCUAAACCAGCAGCACCACCACCGCUGCCAGACGGACGAGCCGGCCAGAGACACCAAAAGUCAGACGCUGUGGCGCCCCAAGCCUCGCCAGUCCCAGCCCCAGUCGCAGCCUCAAUCGCAGCGGCACUUUUACAACUGGGAACUGUCGCAGAGCCUGGGCGCCCCACAGCAGCAGCAGCAACAGCAGCCCUCGUACCUGAUGCAGCCGCGUACCAGCAAGGCAGCCCAAAACGACUAUGGCCGCCUGCUGUUCUAAGUGAAGAAGUGUGUAUCGCUUUUUGUGCGAUUUUGGGAGUUGCGAAUCUGGCGAAUCCCUGUAAACUGUACACCAUAUGAUUUGCCAUAAUUUAUUGUACAUACAAUAGAAAGCAAGCGAAUUUACGCAUGUAUUUUAUAUAUAAUACGAGUAUACAUACAUACACACACACAUAUACAAUAUAUAUUUUAUAAUUGUAAUUGUAAUUUAUUAUUAGUGCUUAUCUCUCGGUUAAUUAUACUUUUGUAAAAACGGGCUAUUCUUUUAAUUCGUAAUCUUAUCAUUUAUGUAUCGUAUACCGUAUACCUUACUGUAUCGUAUGGUAUCGUAUCGUAUCGUAUUGUUUUUCUACCAUCCCAAUAUAAAUACAUUAAGUUUGUUCAUUUUAGUUUUUAGUUGAUUAGGGAUUACAGGAAACUCACACUUGUGCACGAUUCGAGAACUUGGAGAACAGUAUUAAUGCCGAGGCAGCGGCAAAAACAAGGACUUACAUAUAUAUUUUGAAUGGUGAAUGAGACUUUCACAAUGUCCAUCGCUCAAAUUGCACGAUAAGCAUGAAAAAUUCAACCUGAUGCGUCUUACACGACAUGAUGACACGCAGCACA